UCUGGCCUCCUGGUGAUGCUCACGCCGUGAUAAGUGUUGGUGGCCGUCAAGGGUUUUGCAUCCUGGGGACCAAUCCCGAGCUUGCCAGAGACGGACGGCUCAAGGUCCGGCCUCUGUUUCCCCGAGAGGAGCCGCUGCGGCCCACCGAGAUGUCCCGGCACCACAGCCGCUUCGAAAGAGAUUACCGGGUGGGCUGGGACCGCCGCGAGUGGAGUGCCAACGGGACACAUGGGACCACCAGCAUCUGCAGUGCCACCGCCGGGGCUGGUGGUGGCACAUCCAGCAGCCUCAGUGCCCGGCCUGGCCUCCUGCCACUGCCAGUGGUGCCCUCCCGGCUGCCCACGCCUGCCACAGCCCCUGCUCCCUGCACCACGGGCAGCGGUGAGGCCAUCACCAGCCUCGUGGCCAGCUCUGCCUCCGCCGUCACCACCAAGGCACCCGGCAUCUCCAAAGCAGACAGUCAGUCCCAGGGACUCACGACCAGCAUCCGGUGGGGGCAGACGCCCAUUAAUCAGUCCACGCCCUGGGACACUGAUGAGCCACCCUCCAAACAGAUGAGGGAGAGCGACAAUCCAGGCACAGGGCCAUGGGUGACCACGGUGGCCGCCGGGAGCCAGCCUGCCCUGAUCGCACACUCCUAUGGAGUGGCCCAGCCUCCCACCUUCAGCCCGGCUGUGAACGUCCAGGCCCCGGUCAUUGGGGUGACCCCCUCACUGCCUCCACACGUGGGGCCCCAGCUCCCGCUGAUGCCAGGCCACUACUCGCUCCCACAGCCGCCCUCUCAGCCACUGAGCAGCGUGGUGGUCAACAUGCCUGCCCAGGCCCUGUAUGCCAGCCCACAGCCCCUGGCCGUUUCCACACUGCCUGGCGUGGGACAGGUGGCCCGCCCGGGACACACCGCGGUGGGCAACGGUCAUAUGGCAGGGCCCCUGCUGCCUCCACCACCACCAGCCCAGCCGUCUGCCACUCGCCCCAGCGGUGCCCCUGCCACCAAUGGGCCCCCCACGACCGAUUCAGCCCACGGGCUGCAGAUGCUGCGGACCAUUGGUGUGGGGAAGUAUGAGUUCACCGACCCUGGGCACCCCAAAGAAAUGUUGAAGGAAUUGAACCAGCAGCGCAGAACGAAAGCCUUUACAGACCUGAAAAUUGUUGUUGAAGGCAGAGAGUUUGAAGUCCACCAAAAUGUUCUAGCUUCCUGCAGCUUGUAUUUCAAGGACCUGAUUCAAAGGUCGGUGCAAGACCGCAGCCAGAGCGGCCGGGAGAAGCUGGAGCUGGUCCUGUCCAACCUGCAGGCGGACGUCCUGGAGCUGCUGCUGGAGUUCGUGUACACGGGCUCGCUGGUCAUCGACUCGGCCAAUGCCAAGACCCUGCUGGAGGCGGCCAGCAAGUUCCAGUUCCACACCUUCUGCAAAGUCUGCGUGUCCUUCCUGGAGAAGCAGCUGACAGCCAGCAACUGCCUGGGGGUGCUGGCCAUGGCCGAGGCCAUGCAGUGCAGCGAGCUCUACCACAUGGCCAAGGCCUUCGCACUGCAGAUCUUCCCUGAGGUGGCGGCCCAGGAGGAGAUUCUCAGCAUCUCCAAGGACGACUUCAUCGCCUACAUCUCCAACGACAGCCUCAACACCAAGGCCGAGGAACUAGUGUAUGAGACCGUCAUCAAGUGGAUCAAGAAGGACCCCGCGUCCCGCGCACAGCACGCCGCAGAGCUGCUGGCGGUGGUCCGCCUCCCCUUCAUCCACCCCAGCUACCUGCUCAACGUGGUUGACAAUGAGGAGCUGAUCAAGUCGUCGGAAGCAUGUCGGGACCUGGUCAACGAGGCCAAGCGCUACCACAUGCUGCCCCAUGCCCGCCAGGAGAUGCAGACGCCCCGAACCCGGCCCCGCCUCUCAGCAGGUGUGGCUGAAGUCAUCGUUUUGGUUGGGGGUCGUCAGAUGGUGGGGAUGACCCAGCGCUCCCUGGUGGCCGUCACCUGCUGGAACCCACAGAACAACAAGUGGUACCCCUUGGCCUCACUGCCUUUCUAUGACCGCGAGUUCUUCAGUGUAGUGAGUGCCGGGGACAACAUCUACCUCUCAGGUGGGAUGGAAUCAGGGGUGACGCUGGCCGACGUCUGGUGCUACAUGUCCCUGCUCGAUAACUGGAACCUCGUCUCCAGAAUGACCGUCCCCCGCUGUCGACACAACAGCCUGGUCUACGAUGGAAAGAUUUAUACCCUCGGGGGACUUGGCGUGGCAGGCAAUGUGGACCACGUGGAGAGGUAUGACACCAUCACCAACCAGUGGGAGGCCGUGGCGCCUCUGCCCAAGGCAGUGCACUCCGCAGCAGCCACCGUGUGCGGCGGCAAGAUCUACGUGUUCGGUGGCGUGAAUGAGGCCGGCCGAGCUGCCGGCGUCCUCCAGUCUUACGUUCCACAGACCAACACGUGGAGUUUCAUCGAGUCCCCAAUGAUUGACAACAAGUACGCUCCCGCCGUCACCCUCAACGGCCUGGUGUUCAUCCUGGGCGGGGCUUAUGCCAGAGCCACUACCAUCUACGACCCCGAGAAAGGGAACAUUAAGGCAGGCCCGAACAUGAAUCACUCGCGCCAGUUCUGCAGUGCCGUGGUGCUCGAUGGCAAGAUUUACGCAACCGGGGGCAUUGUCAGCAGCGAGGGGCCGGCGCUGGGCAACAUGGAGGCCUACGAGCCCGCCACCAACACGUGGACCCUCCUCCCCCACAUGCCCUGCCCCGUGUUCAGACACGGCUGCGUGGUGAUAAAGAAAUACAUUCAAAGCGGCUGACACGAGCAGAAGGCCCGCGCGAGACUGUGGACAAGCCUGGAGAGGCAAAUGCUACUCACAACAAUCAGUUUUCAACGACACCAAUAAGAGGCCGACAACGCCAUCGGGGACUCACUGCGCUCAGCAUUCGAAUACUCCCUGCACUGAAUGUAGAAAAUCAUCCUUGCCUUUGGGGGGAGCGGGCGUGCGCCCCGGGCGCAGGAACCUGGCCACCCCGGAGCGGGCCUGGGGCUCCGGCAGGAGGACUUGCUCUGAAUGGAGGCGCUCGCUCUGCCCGGUGCAAUAGAGUCUCACGUAUUUUUCAGCUGGGAGAGAAAAGCUGUUUUUUCCUUCCUGCAGAGCAAGCUUGACCCCUAGACCACCACGGAUCAGUCAUCCUCUGACAAUAUGAGGCGUCGGGCUCUCCUGGAGUGAGAUCAAAGUGUCCUUAUCACUUUGAUUCCUACUUUGUUUUUAACCAGUCUACACGUCCAGUGGCCGAGGGGAAACGAGGGACGAUGCUGUGUGGCUGGAGGCCUAGGAGGCUGCUGGUCCCCACCGGGCCGGGCCGAAGAGAGGUCCAGCCACCGGCGCGGAGCCAGGUGUGGCUGGGGCAGCCGCGGGGACAGCGGGGAGCCGCCUGUCCUUCCCAGGUUUUUCUACCGCGUUUUUGCUGCAGAUGGAAAGACAGGAUGAUCGUGCUAGCUUUCUCUUAUCCACUAUGAAUUAUUUAGAUUUCCAAGGCAUUUUCUUGAUACACAAAAGGCUAUUUUUAAGUACCGAGAGGAAGAGGCCACGAGAGGGAGAGGCGGGAUUCCCAAAGCUGAGUGGAGGUGAUGCCAGCGUGGGGCACGGGCUCUAGUUUUAUUAUGUGCAGAAUAGAGGCUCUCUCCUGGGGGGCAUAAAUGCCCCCGCUUUAUUUUUAGAAGAAGUAACUCCCAGACAGCCCCAUAAAAGCUGUGCCUCCUGGGGACAUCGUCCCAAAAAAUAUUCUAGAAGGAAACCCCAGUCCAGCUCCCUCCAUGAGGUCAAGCUGAGGACCCAGGCCGGUGGGACAGGAGGAGGGAGGGAGGGAGGAUGUGUCUACAAAGCACAGGAGACUAUUUUUGAUAUUUAUAGCUAUAUAUUACGGCACCUGCCACACGAGCUCUCAGGAUGGGGACAGCCUUCGCAGAGGAGCCGUGACAGCCAGGGCCUGCGGGCGUGAGCAGAAUCACUCCUCUCGCAGCAGAUUAACCCAAGAAAGGGGAGCCGGGAGGGAGGCGACGCCGUGGCCCGAACGAGAAAGGCCUUCCCGCCAGUCCUCAGACCCGCAAACCUCGCGCGGUGACCAGUUUCCAUUCCAGGGCAAGAAGAUGCCGUCACCGCUGCGCCGUUUAGUUGACGUUGGUACCAACUACACACUUACCACUUUUAUAUCUGGGAAGUCGACUCGCACUUCAUGAUUGAAAAAAAAACCACCUUUGUAAGGAGAGGACAGGACACGCUUUCCACCUCCCGGCGCCUGAUGACACAAAAUUCCAGUUCCAGCACUUACAGGUGUGGCUCCCACUUGGACAAGAUGCUGAGCUUCGUUAUGCAGUUUUUAAUAUUAUUUAUUCUUUUAAAAAGUAAUAAGCACAAAACUACAUACAUUGUAUGUCAUUUAAAGUAUUUAUGUCAAACAGGGUGCAAGUGUGAACCCGAGGACUGGAGCACAAAUUCCUAACUGCCUGGGGCAGGGCUAAUGCUCGCGUUGGUGUGCGUCUGCCUCCAAAGGAGGUGUUAGUGGUCAGCGGGACUCAACACAGGGGACACUGAGAUUCCGUUCUCUCCUCAUCGAUCACACUGGAGCAAAACUGGCUGUUUCUGUGAAUGAUAUAAACAGGGUUCUCUGUAAUGGUAUUGUACAUAGUAUAUGUUUAUUGUUAAGUUCUUGUUAUAUUAUAAUAAAUAUAUUUAUAGACCUAGA